AGCAACCUCAUACCUAUGGAAGCCCAACAUGCCCUGAUCCAUAUAUAUAUAUUUUUUAUUAUAGUAUAAAGUGUAAUUAAUUAAAUCAAUUAGCAUGUUCUUGGAGAAUAUAAGAAUUCAGCAUGCAUAACUGAGGUGAGGUGAACGCUAGUAGUUAAAACUAAACCACAGCUCGAAUUCUCGGUUUCUCGUUCAAGAUGGGCCUUAAGGGAGAGCUGGUGAAGAGUGUCUUCUCGAGAAGCCGCUCGGGAGCUCAAGACAGAGGCAAUGGAAGGAAAAGUAGUGUUGAGAAGAGGAGAUGGAGCUCCGUGAGAUCCUACCUUUGUGGAGAGGAGUUGGAGUUCGACUCGGUGAUAGCGGAGGAAGACUCUGCCUCUGUUAAGAGCUCCGAAGCGACCGUUACACAACCCGUAACAGGUGAUGUUAAUGCAGGAGAGGGCCUUGAAGAUGCCGGAAUAACAAAGGAGGAGAUCCUGCCUCAGCCGCAGCAGCAGCAGCAGAAUUCUAUGUCAAAGCUGUACAACAAAGAAGAUGCAGCCGUCGUUAUCCAGACUGCAUUCCGUCGGUAUCUGGCUCGGAGACUGGACGAAGCAAAGAAGUCGACCAGUGGACACAGGGAUGAUGAGCUUCCCGUGGAGAUGGGAAGUCCAAGAAAGGCGGAGUCCAUUAGCACAUCAAUCGAAGUACAGACGGGGAACUCUAUCGAAGUCCUAUCAGUUCGAGAUGAAAAAUUACUGGUUAUAGGCAACCGGAUGCAGCAUAAGGCUCGAACUACUCAAGUCAUGAAGUCAAAGGAAGACUGGGAUCACAGCACAGUGAACAGCAACAUAUCAAGGAUGAGAGUUCAGCACAGACUCGAAGCACUGACCCGGCGCGAGAGAGCUCUAGCAUAUGCGUUCUCACAACAGCUCAGGGUCUGUUCCAAGAAGAGGCAAACGAAAACAUCCGAUGGCACAGAACCGGACAUGGGUUGGAGCUGGCUGGAGAGGUGGAUGGCGACCCGCGAAAGCUCCAUAGCUGCCGGUCCAGGCAAUCAGAGAUUCAUAGUCGGGAAAAGAUUGCUUGAUCUGGCAGGGGAAGAAAAGGAAAGCUGCGGAUCUAAUGAAGUGUCUGUUCAUUUUGAUUCCGUUUCACUGACAGCAGCAGAAGAUAGAGACUGCUCGAAACCAGGCAUCAACGGGAAUAAAAGCACCAAAAACAUGACAAAUCAUAAAACCUCGCCGGGGCGACAAUCUCGAAAGGUAAGCAAGAAAGAUUCCCGAAAGAACAUGGGAACCGGGAUCGAUAAGAAGCACAAGCAAAAGCUAACGGAAGGGAAGAAUGAGAACGAAUGCAAGGAUGCAUAAUCUUAAAAUAUGCCAUAAGAGUGGCUCCGGCCAUUCAUCCUGCCAGUAACCAAAUAUUCUCCGGCAUAAGUUGCUUGACCCUACAUAAAAUGCAUCAUACCGGUGCAGCUGUUAGUAUA